AUGCCCUUCAACCUUCCGAUGAAAACCGUGUUCCCAAACCUCUUUGCUCUGUUCGAAAUCGAAGUUUCUGCUUCGAUUUGCCCUCUCCAUGUCAGCCCUAUUUUCCCAUCUUUCGCCUUCCAUUUCCCUUCGCUCUUCGCCGGUUUAGAGUCCUUGCAUGUGCAGGCUUCUUCUUGCUGGAGAAGCGUUGUCCUUUGCUCUGUGUCUCUCUGUCCAUCCACUUCGAUACUCGUCAGGAAAAUGGCGAAACGUCAACGCAAUAAGGUGAAUAAUAAAAGGAAACAUGAGACUUUGAUGAAGGAGAAUGACAAGACAUUAACGGACAGGGUCAGUCUGGAGAGGAAGAGUGACCGUGGCAUGUCAUAUAAUCCUACCACGUCCACUGCCCACACAAGUUCUUCACCUGAAUUUCAACUUCCACCUCCAGCCACAUUCCAUGACCCUGAUCACACCAACCACAUUGAGAAGGAGAUGGAGGCACCAACCAAAAUCAAUACUAACUUUGAAGAUCUUCCGCAAGAUCUUAUCCACUCUAUCAUGAAUUAUCUCCCUUGCAAGGAUGCAUUUAGACUUGGCGUUUCAUCCAAAGCCUUCUAUUCUUUGUGGCUUUCCAAUCCUGUUCUUCACUUUGACAACAGAUCCUUCGUACGAGAUGAAGAAGAAGAAGAAGACGAAGACGAAAGUGAAGACGACGACGACGAAGAUGAAAGUGAAGACGAAGAGACGAGGACGAGGACGAAAUGA